CUCUCGCCCUGAAAGCGCAUAUGCGCAUACACACACACACCUUCACAUCCUUUUCUCGCCCAAUUCUCUCUUCGAUUUAAUUCCUCUUUGUUUUCUUGGAUCAAACCCUCUGAUUCUCGCCAUCAAGGCCUCCAAUUUGAUGGUUUGUGCUGUCCAAGGUGCCAGUUUGAACUCUCAUCAUAACUGGAUCCUAUGAUCAACUAGGACAUCAUGCAUUGUCUAAUAGAAGGCCUCCCUGAUGAAGUUGCUUUGCAAUGUCUUGCACGUGUGCCCUUCUUUUCCCAUCCUUACAUGCAGCUAGUCUGCCGUGAAUGGAGGACUGCACUUCGCAGCGCUGAUCUCUUUAAAGUGCGGUUGGAGGUUGGUGCCUCAGAAGAAUUAUUGUGUGUGUUAGCAUUUGAGCCAGAGAAUACUUGGCAGCUUUAUGAUCCUGCUACAGACCGUUGGAUAACCCUCCCAAUCAUGCCAUCAGAAAUCAGACACCUUGCUCGCUUUGGUGUGGCCUCUGUUGCCGGAAAGCUCUUUGUGAUUGGUGGUGGCAGUGAUCGGGUGGACCCAUCAACCGGAGACCAUGAUCGGAUAUUUGCAACCAAUGAAGUCUGGUCAUAUGAUCCCAUCAUGAAGGAGUGGGCUCGUCGAGCUCCCAUGCUUGUCCCUAGAGCCAUGUUUGCCUGCUGUGCGUUCGACGGCAAGAUUGUUGUUGCUGGUGGUUUCACAAACUGCAGAAAGUCAAUUUCGAAAGCCGAAAUCUAUGAUCCUGAGGCCGAUCUGUGGCAGCCUCUUCCUGAUCUUCGUCACACUCAUAGUUCAGCAUGCUCUGGACAGGUGAUUGGCGGUAGGAUGCAUGUCCUUCACAAAGGUCUAUCCACAGUGCAGAUACUUGAGGAUGGGGGACAGAGUUGGGCUGUUGAGGAUUAUGGCUGGCUUCAAGGUCCAAUGGCAAUUGUCCGCGGGGAGCCAUAUGUGUUGAGCAACGGUCUGAUCAUGAAGCAGCAACGCGAGAAUGUGCCUGAUAGGACGGUCUCUUCUGCAUCAGAAUUUCAGAGCAGGAUCGGUUUUGGCAUGAUUGGUCUUGGCGAUGAGAUCUACGUGAUCGGUGGUGUGAUUGGUCCAGGACCAAGGAACCAGUGUAUCAAGCAGUUGUCUGAUGUUGAUGUCUUGACGGUAAGAAGCGAUCGGCCAGCAUGGCAUCCGGUGGCCCCCAUGACUCAUUGUAGGGGGAGCAUCUUGGGGUGUGCUUUGCUGAGAAUUUAAGAUGUAGUAGCUUGUUGUGAUAGUAGUAAAUGCUCCUGGUAUACCGUUUGAAAUUUUAACAGGAAGCAAAAACAGUCAAGAGGGAUUUCUUCUUCUUUUCUUUGUAUGAGGACCAUGUUUUGUGGCCCCAUUUGUUGUUUUUCUUUUUCUUUUUCUUUUUCUUUCUUCUUUUAGAUUUUCUUGCAGCUACUCUGUCUUUGUAUGAGUAAUGAAAUUUAGCUGGUAGAGAAAAAAAAUGUUCAGGUCUAGUGAUAACGCUGCUCAGUUGUUGUUUGUUUUUACUGCCUCUUUAGAUUCAAUUAGAAACAAAUUUGAUGAC